GAAUGUUUCGCUCAAUUACCCCGGUCUUGGGAACGUGUGAGGGCCUACUAGCGAACACGUCUUGACACCACUCUCGGAAGAAUGUUCACAUCCACGGCUCUCCUCAGCCUCCCGGCCCCUGAGCCUUGCUUCAUAAGUCCUCCGAGCGCACACAACCACCACUACACAUCCGAAUCCAGACCCUUCUGUCAAAGUAGUCCCUUGUCCUCUUGGGAAUGUCGUCGAGCGUCAUGAAUAUUAUCAUGCGAAGGUCCGACACGUAUGGGGCUCGCGGCCGGACGCCGAUUGCGCAACUAAGGAGCCGUAUUGGCCAGGGACUGAGCGUGAAGCUGACUGACCCGUCCCGCUCUCUCUGUCUUGCCUCCCACCAUCUCCACGCUCGUCUCGACAAGGAUUCCCAUCGAUACCGAUACCCGAGUCUGAAUUCGAGAUUCAUAUCCUCUGAUAAACCUGGACUCGCGUCCGCUGCGUCACUCAACUCCAAACUCCGAGCUUUUACUACAACAACCAUCAAAGCCAUGUCUAACCCCGUUGUAACUGAGGAGAACCCUGCCGGUCUCAAGCCCAUCGACAUUGGCGACACGCUGCCCACUCUCGUCCUGAGGAACGAGAAGGACGAGGAGUUUGAUGUAUCGACUGUUGCGAAGACGAAGGGUGCGAUCAUCUUCCUUGUCCCUAAGGUCAACACGGGUGGAUGCACCAUCCAAGCCUGCGGGUUCCGCGACAGUUACCCUCAAUACACCGGCAUCGACUACGAGAUCUACUGCCUGAGCGCCGACCCUCCCUCUGAGCAGACCAGCUGGCAGAGUGAUCAAAAGCUGCCAUACCCCCUGAUCUCCGAUCCCGACAGGAUCCUGAUCAACGCCCUCGGAGCUGGCGAAGGCGGCAAGACGAACAGGAGCCACUUCAUCUUCGAGAAGGGCACCGGCAAGCUCAUCGACAAGAAGAUCCCCGUUACUCCUACUGAUAGCCCCAAGCUCGCCCUGGAGUUCAUCAAGAAGUAUGAGAGCAGCAAGUCGAGCUUGUGAUCCUUCGUAUGCAUAAGGGAAUGGUGGAACGCUUGGCAGUCUUGUAACGAUAAUUGCACGCUUUACGUGAUGUUGUGUGAAAUGUAGAAUUUUUGAGAAUUGAAUUCUUCGAGCUCGAGGAACAUGGGCUGUGGCUUGGUUGUGGCCCACCGGGUGGCGCAUACUGUAUUUAGGCGCCGGCGUCGUUGGUGUGAUGGGGUGUCUCUUCGUCGUUCUAAUAUAUUG